UCGCACGCCUCCGCGGCGGUUCGCGCGGACGCGGCGACGGACGACGACGCGGCGGUCGAUCACGGCCGCGUGAGGAACUUCGCGAUCAUCGCGCACGUCGACCACGGGAAGACGACGCUGCUCGACACGCUCAUGAAGCAGGGCGCGCAGACGGUCGCGACGGAGCGCCUCAUGGACAACAACGCGCUCGAGAAGGAGCGCGGGAUCACGAUCAGCAGCAAGUACACCUCGUUCCCGUGGCGCGGCGUGACGAUGAACGCGGUCGACACCCCCGGGCACGCGGACUUCGGCGGCGAGGUGGAGCGCGUGCUCGACCUCGUCGACGGAUGCCUCCUCCUCGUCGACGCCACGGAGGGGCCGAUGGCGCAGACCAAGUUCGUCCUCGGCAAGGCGCUCCAGAAGGGCCUCAAGCCGAUCGUCGUGAUGAACAAGGUGGACAGAGACAACGUCACCGAGGAGGGCUGCGCGGCCGUGGAGAGCAAGCUGUUCGACCUGUUCGCCGCGCUCGGCGCGGACGACGACCAGCUCGAUUUCGCCACGGUGUACGCGUCGGCGCGAGAGGGCGUCUGCUCGCUGGAUCUGGGAGACGCGCAAGCUCGCGUCCGAGAGAACCGCGGGAAGGGCGACAUGAGCGCGCUGCUGGACGUGCUCCUCGAGCGCGUCCCCGCGCCGGACGGGGACGAGGAGGACGAGUUCAAGAUGCUCGUGUCCAUGAUCGAGCACGACGCGUUCGUGGGAAGGCUCGUCACCGGACGCGUCGCGAGCGGGCGGGCGAGAGUCGGCGACCGCGUCAAGGCGCUCGCGAUGCGUCCUGCGUCGGGGGAGGACGUCGGCGCGUCGUCGUCGUCGUCCGAGAAAGAGGUGGGGAGGAUCACGAAGAUUUUCACCUCGCACGGCGGCGUCCGCGCGCCGCUCGAGGAGGCGAGAGCCGGCGACAUCGUCAGCGUCGCCGGGCUGACGACGGCGACGGUGACGGACACCGUGUGCGCGCCGCUCGUCGCGGACCCGCUGCCGGCGACGCCGAUCGACCCGCCGACGUUGAAGAUGACGUUCGGCGUGAACGACAGCAGCCUCGGCGGGAAGGAGGGGAAGAAACUGACGGGUCGGAACAUCUGGGACAGGCUCUGCGCGGAGGCGGAGACGAACGUCGCGCUGCGCGUGGUACAGCUGGCGGACAGCGGCGGGGACAAGUUCGAGGUCCAAGGGCGCGGCGAGCUCCACCUCGGCGUGCUCAUCGAGACGAUGCGCCGCGAGAAGUUCGAGAUGUCCAUCUCCCCGCCCGUGGUGUUGUAUAAGACCGAUCCGGAGACCGGGAAGCGUCUGGAGCCGAUCGAGGAGAUCGUCGCGGAGGUGGAGGAGGAGCACGUCGGCGCCGUCAUCGAAGCGGUGACGCUUCGAAAAGGCGAGCUCGUGGACAUGGUCGUCGGCGCCGGCGAGGGCGGGAAAACCCGCCUGGAGUUCCUCGCCCCCUCCAGAGGGCUCAUCGGGUUCAGAGCGACGUUCGUGAACGACACGCGCGGCACCGGGACGAUGAACCGCGCGUUUCACUCGUACGGCGACUACCGCGGGUCGAUGGACCGCGUGCGAAAGGGCGCCAUCGUGUCCUCCGCGACGGGGACCACGACGACGUACGCGCUGGGAAUGCUCGAAGCGCGCGGGACGCUGUUCGUGGGGCCCAAGACGGAGGUGUACGAGGGGAUGAUCAUCGGCGAGAACAGUCGUGAGGAGAGCAUGGAGGUGAACCCGUGCAAAGAGAAGAAGCUGACGAACAUGCGCGCGUCCGGGAACGACGAGACGACGCGACUGACGCCGCCGAGGGCCAUCGCUUUGGAGGAGGCCAUCGGGUACGUGCAGAGCGACGAGCUCAUCGAGGUGACGCCGAGCGCGAUUCGGCUGCGGAAGGCGAUUCUGGACGGGAACAAGCGCAAGGCGCAGAGCCGGAAG